GUUACAGAAAACACAGUAUUUGCAGUUGGGACAGAGUCGUGGCCAGUACUAUGGAGGGUCACUGCCAAAUGUGAAUCAGAUUGGGAACAGUACCAUGGACCUGCCUUUCCAGACUCCUUUUCAGUCAUCUGGACUGGAUACAAGUAGGACAACUCGGCAUCAUGGUCUGGUGGACAGAGUGUAUCGUGACAGAAACCGCCUUGGGUCACCGCACCGGCGUCCGCUGUCCGUAGAUAAACACGGAAGGCAGGUGGACAGUUGUCCGUAUGGCACUGUGUAUCUGUCGCCUCCAUCGGAUACAAGCUGGAGAAGGACCAAUUCAGAUUCUGCCUUGCAUCAAAGUACAAUGACCCCAACUCAACAAGAGUCCUUUUCAGGAGGGUCACAAGACAUGCAGCAAAAAAGAGUCUUAUUAUUGACUGUCCCUGGAAUGGAGGAAAGCACAUCUGAAACAGACAAAGCCCUCUCUAAACAAGCAUGGGACACUAAAAAGACAGGGUCAUCGAGGCCUAAAUCAUGUGAAGUUCCAGGAAUCAACAUCUUUCCAUCAGCUGACCAGGAAAACACUACAACACUGAUUCCGGCUGCACAUAACACAGGUGGCUCUCUGCCAGACCUGACAAACAUCCAUUUCCCUUCUCCUCUCCCAACACCACUAGAUCCUGAGGAAUCCACGUUCCCAUCCCUGAGUAGCUCCAAUAGCACUGGAAAUCUUGCAGCCAACUUGACUCACUUGGGCAUCAGCACUGCCAGUCAGGGAAUGACAACGACGCAAGCCUCAUCCCGGCAGCCAGCUGUCAGUCCCCUCUCACUGAAUGCAGACUCCAGACGACCACAGUCCCAACAGAUGUCUCCUACACUCUCACCUCUGUCACCAAUUACUCAGGCUGUGGCUAUGGAUGCAUUGUCUUUGGAACAGCAGCUUCCACCAUAUCAGUUUUUUACCCAGGCUAGUUCCCAGCAACAGCAACAGACCCAAGUGGCAAGUAGUCUGCCUCAGAAUACCCCUUUAAUGCAGACUUCUGGCUUACAGCGAGGAGCACAGCUUCCCCCCCUCUCAGUCACGGUACCAUCUACCAUCCCACAGUCACCUCCAGGCAGCCAGACCCAACCUUCCAUGGGCAUAGACAUCAACUCGGCUUCACUCCAGCAGUACCGCAGUAAUGCUGGAUCCCCAGCCAACCAGUCUCCCACCUCUCCUGUCUCCAAUCAAGGCUUCUCUCCUGGCAGCUCCCCUCAACAUUCUUCCAUUCUGGGGAGUGUAUUUGGUGACUCCUAUUAUGAUCAGCAGAUGACAGCUAGGCAGGCUAAUGCCCUAUCCCAUCAGCUUGAACAGUUUAAUAUGAUAGAAAACGCCAUUAGUUCCAACAGCCUGUACAGCCCCUGCUCCACCCUUAACUACUCCCAGGCAGCCAUGAUGGGACUUACUGGGAGCCAUGGCAACUUGCAGGACUCGCAACAGCUGAACUACUCCAGCCAUGGAAACAUCCCCAACAUCAUCCUCACAGUGACAGGAGAAUCUCCUCCCAGCUUAUCAAAGGAACUGACCAGCUCUUUGGCAGGUGUCGGAGAUGUCAGCUUUGAUUCGGAUUCCCAAUUCCCUCUGGAUGAACUCAAAAUUGACCCUUUAACCUUGGAUGGACUGCACAUGCUUAAUGACCCAGAUAUGGUCCUCACCGAUCCUGCCACAGAGGACACUUUCAGGAUGGACCGGCUGUAGACUGAGGACACCAUGAGCCUGGGAAUAAAAUUAGUUCCUGGAGCCCAGCUGAACUGAAGAGUCCAAUGGGUUUGUUUCCUUGACUGUUGUCCAGCACCCACUGCCUGUUCGUAUGCCCUGAGCAAACUCGUGUACUUGGCAAAGCAGGAAAGCGGCCUGGCAGCCCAGUGGGCUCUCGGUAGCCGGUUAUCCAAAAAAACAACUGUAAACACUAUUUCCAGAGCCUUUUUCUUGUUUAAAAUUUCUGAGCACACAAAAAAGUACUAUAAUUCAUUACCUGGUGAGUGUGAAGGAGUGAGUGGAGCAUUUUGAAACCACUAAAAGUAUAGUGGUGGCUAAAUUGCAGAGAAUUUUAUUUUUAAAUUCUACUUCUUGUGUGAAAUUCAUAUAGGCAACAGGAAGGGCCGUUGUGUAGCAAUACCUAGCCCAAGUCGGGGCUAUUUUUAUGAUUUUUUUUUUAUUCUUGUUUGUUGCCUAUUGAAUAUUCUGUUACUGUUAUUUAUGCAUUUUUUUAUUUAAGUAUUUGGAUAUUAGAAAAGUAGCCAAACUACAUAAGGCCAAUUGAAGCACUCUGCAUAAUACUUACACAGUACAUCCUUUUGUGAUUUUUAUUCUAGAAAUAUAAUAUAUAUAUGAUAGUUUAACUAACUGGAAUUUGAAGCCAGAUGCUGACCAGAAGUAAGCAAACCCAGGGCAAGUCUGUCAAGUGUUUGCCAUUUUAUAUAUUCACAUUACGGUAACAGGAACAUACAUAUUCUUUGGCAGGGUUAUUGGCCUACUGUAUAGUGGGAAGAAGAUGUAGACAUGAUGGAUCUUGAUUUCACUAAAGUUUCUUGACAGAUUCCCACAUGAUGUUCUCAUAAGCAAAUUAGUGAAAUGUGGCCUAGAUGAAGUUACUAAAAGGUGGGUGCACAACUGGUGGAAAAACCAUACUCAAAACAUAGUUAUUAACAGUUCACUGUCCAGCUGGAAGGGCAUAUCUAGUGGGGUUCUGAGGUAGCCAGUCCUGGGUCUGGUACUAUUCAAUAUUUCAUUAAUGGGUUGGAUAAUGGAGUGGAAAGUAUGCUUAUAUAAUUUGUGGGUGACA